AUGGCCUUACCAACUCUGGUUUCGUCAUUGAGGUCUGACCUGACUCCGCAAACGGAAAUUCUCACCAAUCCAGAAGACCCAGACUUCAAAAGUAGCAUUGAAAGAUGGUCCAAUGAAGAAAUUCAAACCCCUGGUGCAAUAUACCGACCCGCAACGCAGGAUGAUGUUGCAAAAAUAGUGAGUGGGAUUACACGGCGCAUCAAUUAAUCUCCAAUAAGGCUAAGCAACUAAAAGUAUUUUAGGUUCAAUUUGCGUACGCAAACUCCAUUCCAUUCGUUCUUGCCAGCGGAGGCCAUAGUCCUUGGUCAACGAUCGGUAAUUCAGGCUUUAUCAUCGACCUUAGUCUUCUGAACUCAAUCUCUAUCGACGCGGAUGCAGAAUCCGUGACAAUAUCUGGGGCAAUAUUAAUUCAUGAAUUGGCUAGUGCCUUGGAACUGGCUGGCAGAUGCACUAGUACGUGGAUGUUUAUUUCUCUUUCGUUGUACUAAGUGCUGACUUGCAUAGCUCUUGGGAAUGGCAAUACGGUUGGAGUCAUUCCUUACGUCUUAGGGGGCGGCACCAGUAUCUUGACCGCAGUAACUGGAUACGCGUGCGAUCAAAUUCUCGCCGCCAAGAUUAUGACCGCAAAAGGCGACAUUGUUGACGUGAGUGCCAACAAUGAAGCCGAUCUCUUCUGGGCCAUCAAAGGUGCAGGCCAGUUCUUUGGUGUCGUCCUGGAUUUAACUAUGAGAACUUUCCCAUUCUUAAUCUUGGGAUCUGAGGAUGGAUCUCACUGGACCGGAGUCUGGAUCUACCCCUUAAAAAGUGCAGAAGAGGUUUGUGCAGUCUUGGAGCCAAUUAUGCGAGAUAAAAGCCAUGUUACCGCAGGGCAGAUUGGGGUCAUGGCUCCUCCUCCAGCAUUUCAGCCUGUUAUUCUCGUUUUGAUACAUUUUUUGGGAAACCAGGAGGAUACCCCAGCUGUGUAUCAAGCACUGAAUGAUUUAGGACCAAUGAUGGCAUCGGCUUCAACGCUAAAAUUCUCCGAGUAUCGCCAAGCUCAGGAUUAUGCUUGUGUCAAGGGGGACCUUAAAAGCUUUAGCUUAGUCGGCGUUGAAGAAUUCAAACCCAAAAACUUUUUGAAAGUCGUUGAGCUAUUUAAGGAGUUGUUGGAUAAUUGUCCUGAAGCUGGUGGCUCAAUGUAUCUGUUUGAAUGGCAUACAGGAACAUCAAAACCAGUACAUGAAGACUCUGCGUUCAGUUUUCAAGACGUUCACAUGUGGAUGUAAGCUUCUCUUUUGAUUUUUGGGAAUGAAGGUUCUUUUCUAACAGGUUCGCUAUUUAGGAACACUUUCUCUUGGUAUCAUCAGCCAGAGAACAGAGGAACGGUUAUAGAUUUUGAUCUUCGGGCACUCGCAGCUAUGCGAGUUGGUCAAAAAGAAGCGGAUUACAUCGACUACCCAAAUUGUAAUCGCACUGCUCCCGUGGCUCAGCGAUUCCGUGGAACUAAAAGGCUAGCAAAGUUGAAAAUGCUGAAGCAGAAGUGGGAUCCCCGAGGCGUUUUUACACGAGAGUUUUUGUGAUAACUUGGCAUGGAGACA